GAGGGAAUCGCGAGCGCUCAACACGUCUUCCCUGCGACUUCAUCGCACUAACCGAGUCCAGAGUCUCCGCCCCUGAUGAAUGCCUAAAGAGAUCCCCUGUACGAACUGUUCGCAGCCUAUUACCCUGGCCGUCUCUGCAUCACAUGGCUUGUGCAAGUGGCUGAGGUUGGUUUCUGUUGAGGCCUCAUCUGCCUUGUUUAUUCUCUCAAUGCAAACACACGUACGAAUACAAACAAGUCAUCACUGUCAUAUUUAUCUGCAUCACUUUCUUUGUUUACUCUACCGUAAAACUUCAACUGUCGGCGAUCUCGCUAAGUCAGGAACAGAACUCCACUCCUACCCAACUUAGACUCGCGCGGGAGCCCACAUACCAAUUACAACGUCAGCCAAUUAUACACAACAAAGGCCCUCUUUGUUUGGCUCAACAGUAAACACCCGCCGUUCCCAUCAAAACGACUCGAAUCCGACGAGACGGCCAUCGUCUUCUUGCCUCGCCUCGACUCUGGCUUGUCACGAGUCUAAUACCGGCUGCCGACGAACCAUGUUCUAAUCCUCACCCUUCGAUUCAUUCCUUAUCUCCUCCGAUCUAUAGUAUUAUCAUGUUGCCGACCGAUCCCUUAUCUUCCGCCGCCUUCAUUACCUUUCGCGAAUCCUUCAUCCUAUUAUCCGUACAAUAAUCAAAGCUUCAAGGCCUCUCCAUCUCCGAUUUCGCUCCGCCCAUCAUGGAGAGGCCGGAUUUUGGGCCGGAGCCGCAUAUCUCUGAGAUGACUUGCUGCUGUGGACGAAUCGACUGCGCUCUCCUCAAGAAAAAUUGCUCCAUUCUAGAGACAGUCGAAAAAGAUGUCCAUACCGCGGCACAACUUGGUCAGGCUCUACUCGCUAGACAUGAAGCAUAUAUGGCCGACGCGGAGAGAGAUCGUCUUGAUCUUUCCUCCAGGAUAGAGCGUCUGGAAAUGGCCAAGCAGGAAUUAGAGGCUGAGAAUGCCCUGAAAAUUGAGGAGAAUCGUAAUCUCCUCGACCAGCUUGAACUGCUCAACAGCACCGUCUCCGAAUCCGAUACAAAGAUCAAAGCACUCGAAGCAAGUCUGCUGUCGUCUCAACAAGCCGUCCGAAGACUCGAGUCUGCUGCCCUGCGAGCCGAAGAUGCUGAGAGGCAUAUUUCCCUCUUGGAACUCGAACAGGAUGAUCUCUAUCACGAAUUGAGGUCGACGAAAGAAGAUGCUCGAACACAUGCACAGCGUUGCAAGGAGGCGCAACGCGGUAUCAUGGAUAUGCAGGAUCAGUUGGAGAGGAUGGAGGAGGAAGCUCGAGAGGAGCGUCAAAGACAUGCCGAGGUUAUUGGGCGAAUGGAGCGUCAACGUCAAGUUGAGAAGCAGCUCAAUACAGCCGCCGGUCGUCUAAAAGGUGCAGCUGCAUCCAAGACACUGCAAGAACCGAAGCCAGGGAAUCCCGUCGUCAAUCAUUUUGUUCGGGAUCUUCUUCAAGACAAUGCCAAUCUACAACUUGGCAUGGCUGAGCUACGAGAGAUGCUUCUCAAUUCGAACGAUGAGAUUCAGUCUCUGCGAGAGCAACUUGUCACCCACCAACCUAUUGCCGAUAGUAGUACGACUCUCAAAGACGAACUCGAGGCUUAUGAGCCGCCGACGACUCCUCGAAUAUCGCAAGAGCUUCACAUCCACCACCACUAUCACGUUACAGCCAAGGCCGAUAAACACAAAAUGAGGCGGAAGCGCGCGAGCUUGAACUCUAGUAUCUUUUCAGCUUCGACAAGUUCUGGCACAUCCACCCCGAGAUCUUCUGCUCGCUGGAGUUUGGGACCUGCCCUGCCUGCCCUCGCUUCCAUCAACACCAAAGAACCCAACUCUGUCAUCUCAAUGCCCAAACAGAGAUGGUCCAUGCUCUCAGAGCAACCCUCUGAAAUCGCGUCGUCCGUUCCAAGUUCACCACGAUCGAAUCUGCGAAACUCGAUGUUUGACUCGAAUUUUGGCGAUAGCGAUUAUCCAAUGUCGCCAGCUACAAGCUUUGACCCCAUGUCACCCACCUGGCGGACGCACCGUAAAGGCCCGUCUGACAUUUCGGCUUUCAGCCUUCAAGCACCUUCCCUCCAGCUUGAUCCAGGUACGCCGCCUCAAAAUUCACGUCAAUUCAACGAUGAUGUGAUACAUGAGGAGGACGAAAAUGAGGGUGAGGAGGUCAUGUCUCGAAUUGAGACACCCGAUCUUGGCAACACCCCAUCAAUCGACGAGAGCUCAAUCGUUGAGAGCUCUGAAGACAACCGAGACGACUACAUGCCGCGUCCAAGGAUUCAUCGAGCUAUUUCUCAUGAAUCCAUCAUGUCUCUUACAGGCGGGCUUGACAUUCACACACUCAAGGCUCGACCUAGCCAGCUCACCCUUCGACCACUUGGUGGCGCUGAGGCUGUCGUUACGGGCGUUACAGCGCAGCCCACACUCUACAGAGGUGCAGCUAAGCGAAGCACCGCUGCCCUCCGAGACACUUUCGCUGGUCUUCCCGCAAGUAGAACUGUGUCCAACCCACUUAACAGGCCUGGGUCAAACAGAUCUGCGUCGCCAGCUCCUUCGGAUACCCCCCAAGGGAGCCCCGCAGGAAGAAUAGGAAAAUGGGUUGGCUGGAGACCUUGGGCUUCAGGCAAUGGUGAAAACGCCCCUCCAAAACCUACGGAGAAGGAAAGGGACAGGAAUAUUAACCGGACGCCGGGGAUCAACCAGCCCGGUUCUAUUCCUGGCUUUCAUCAAUAUUGGGCUGCUCAGAAGCGAAAGGGCGCACCAGCUCAGGUCACUACUGUUGAUGUUGACCGUGAGGCCCUGGUAGAAGGCUUACAGGACUGAAUACUACCUAUGCGCUCAAACGUACAUUGCACCUAAUUCACUACUGGAUAGUGGAGUUGAUCUCAUUUGUGGCGUUUGUUGAGGAGGUUACCUGAUGGAGAUACCCUGGCUAGACAAGCCUAGUCCCUUUGUUUUACACGUUGGUAUGCAUUCGUUUGGUGUUUUAUUGGUUCAUCUUGGGUAUAAAUAUCAUAAUCAUACAUAUCUUUAUCCUCAUGCUAUGCUGCUGUUGAGCAUAGUCCAGUACGUAGUGUCUACACCUUGCAGUGCCCAAUCUUCUGGGUCGGCUGUGAAGCAGGGCCAGUUGGAGUCCAACACAUCAGGUGUGAAGGCGCACGUUGUGGAUAAGUCGCAAUUUUCGGAGCCAAGGUUUGGCGAGUUGAAGGACAGCGGGAACUGUGACAUGUCGACGUUGCCACUGGGCGUGGUGCUGUUGGACGCUAUCAUGCUCGCUGUGGAGGCUGGCGGCGUCGGACCGGGGUUGAUGUUCACCGUACCCAGGAACGGGACGUUGAGAUGGACGUUUUCUCCGCUUGUGCCUGAUUGUCUCUGCACGAUGGGCAAAAGCUGCCGAAUUGUUUCCGCCGCUUCAAUGCAGAGCCGGUCGUUGUUCAGCGCUCCCAUUUCUUGCAUCCUUUCUUGUGUCUUUUCGGCAAGGUCUCUGUCGUGCUCUUUUUCUGUCUCGUAGCCUGGCCAGCGCCAGCCGAGAUAGCCUAGCAAGAGUGUCAUGGCUGCUACGAGGGCGGAAUAGUCUACGUGACGGCCUGAUACAGAUGUUGUAAAGCAAUUGCGGUAUUCGAUGAAUCGGGCGAGCACGUCACGGCUUGCUUGCAUGCAUGUUGCGCGGUUGUACUCGUAUCGUCUUUGGCCGCGAUCGCGAAGAAGAUAGGGAAGAUGGAGAAGAAUGAGAAGCGAGAAGUGUCGGAUUUGGAGCUUUAUAACGCUCAUUCCAUCACCCGAUGCGUCGGCUGUACCGCAGCAUAUGGCCAUGUCGGGUAAUUUCCACCACAGACCAUCAUCCAUCAUCUUGUAAGCUUUCUCAAGCUCCAUGUCGAUGGAUUGCGUGAGAACAUAUGCCUCACUUCCCUUGAGCUCAUUCCUAUCCGCGAUCUUGCCCGCCAUCAUCGCGUACACCUUGCCAAGCUUGUCGCUCGGUGCAUCCGACACGAGAGCAUUGUCUUCUGCGAAACUGUUAUCGCGCGAGCCAAUUGGCAACCCGAGAAUGAGAGAGACGUAGCGAUCGUUGCAGUUGAUGCGGAACCAGAUGACUGGUGGUGAAGGGCGAUGUUUGUUGCUGAAUGAUGGAUCCACGGAUUUGAUUGACUUUGCGCUCUUACGAUCAAUGCCCAUAAGCUGCGCCAUGUUCAGAGCCCGACGACCCGUCAACCACGCUUUUCGCAAAUGUCCUGCGUCGCUUUGGUAAAAGCUCUGUAAGAUAAGACACUCAAGACCUUCCAAACACCCGACAAAGUCAUCGUCGGACGUGACUAGACGUCCAGUAACAGCAAUCCACUCUUCCAUCGUUUCGCGCGGCGAUUUACUCAACCCGAGGGUACUCCCAUCGAAGUAUGGGGGCAUUUGCUGCAGACAGACGGCAAGUUGUAGAAGACGCUUGGCGAGAAUAGCGGGAUGGCUUGUAGCGGGUGGUAUCUGCGCCAGCGACGAUAAAGGCUCAGGUUUCCCAUCAAUCUGAUCCUGCUGCGAGUAAAACAUGGCCAGAACAAAACGCGCACCAGGACUCUGCUGCGAAAUAGCAUACAGAAUCUGCUGCGACGGGAAAAGCGCGUGUAGCUGCGCAGAAACAUGCGUCGCCUUCGCAGAGCGGCUUGGGAACUUGUGCGUCACGAUCGCAGCAUCAGGCUGGUCGAGGAUCUGCUGCGCAUUAUCCACGACAGACGACUCAAACACAUCAGCCGUAUGCUGCGUGAACCUCUCCAGCGCAGGGUCUUCUGAUUCAGGCGAUGGGAGCGGCUUGUCGACCAACUUCUCCAUCAGCUCCUCCAGCCGGCCGAGGCGCUGGGCAAGACGCUUGUCUUGGGGAGCGGAGGGCGGCGUGGGGACAUAUUCUUGGGAUAUACAGCUUGUUUCGCGCUGUGUGCAGCCUA